UUAAUGUACCUGAGCUAACAUGAAAUAAUUGUUUUUUUAUUAACUAGCGUAAACAAAAUGAAUAAAUACUGUAACAUAUGUUUAGAGCUCAUUGUUAGUUAACUAACAUUAACUAAUUGGAACUUGUUGUAAAGUGUGUUACCAAAAUUUGUUUUAAAAUGUUACCUAAUCAUUUAUUGUAAACCGCGUAUGAGUUUCGUAUCUGUGACGAAACCGACGCGUGAAUUGAAACUGAAAGUAAAAUCAGCCGUUUUUGUUUAUGUCUGACUGAAACUCUGUGAAACUGACUGUGAACCGGGAGCUGACGUAUCUUGAGGAAGGUUUCCAUACACACAGCACUGAGGAGCUUUUGCGGCUGUAUUGUGUGUCUGUGAAUGGGAGACUUCUGGAGUAAAAUGGCACAUUAUGGACGAUACAGCCGAUCCACAUCAUGGAACUAUUCCAGGGAGUAUGAAGUGAGAGGCCUUUUCAACGACAGUCUAUCUUGUUGUAUUAAUGCUUUGCUUCAGUCCUUCAAAGCCACCACUGAACUACUGGACAUACUGAACAAAUGGAAUCCAUCAGAUAGGAUCGAACAGAGUAACAUCCCACUGCAUUUGAAGAACACCCUGCUAGCCAUGAGGGAUGGAUCACAUCCUUCUCCGCACAGAGACUUCCUGAACAGCCUCUACCGUCACACCAUCCGCCGAUACACUCAACAGGAUGCGGAUGAAACAUUCCACCUUAUCCUCAAUCUCAUGCAGAAGCAGAUGCCUGAUCGUUGCUUGGCUCAGGAAAUCCGCAGUCUCUAUGAGAUAAAGGUAGAGACACAGGUGACGUGUUCACAUUGCGCAUCCAUUCAGCGAAUGCCCAACUCUCUUUUCAGCCUUCCUUUGGCAAUCUGUGAAGGGGGAAACACCCUGGAGAGCUGCAUCAACUCCUUUUUCCAGCUUCAAAACCUGGUGGACGGUGAGGAGUGGUACUGUGACCAGUGUGAAAAAAAGCAGCCAUCCACUCAUGAACUGAAACUUGUCUCAUUGCCUCCGAUUCUGUGUGUCCACUUGAAAAGAUUCAGAAACGAUUGUGGCUUCACCAGGAAACUCUACAGCAAAGUCACCUUCCCUGAAACUUUUAACACAGAUGUUUUUGCUACAGGACAAUCCGAAAAUGUUACGAAUGAUUCCCCCAGGUCUGAUGAGCAUUACAGUCUCUAUGCAGUAAUAGUUCAUAAAGGAUCUGUUACUAUGUUUGGUCACUACACUGCUUACAUCAGGCCAUUUCAGGACCAGGCCUGGUACUAUGCUGAUGACAACUACGUGCAACCCGCCACAUGGGCGGACGUGCAGUACACAUAUAAAGGAAGCAGCACGGCCUACUUGCUUCUGUACAGGAAGAAGAGCAGGAAUUCAUCUGGAUAACAGUUGGGAACACUGCAGUCCUCAUGUUUUACUUUUUUAGCAGGACACUAUAUGGUUUAAUGCAGAGAAUAUUCCAAGAAUAGGACCAAAGUCUGUUUAUAUUUGGUGUAUAAGUAUGAAGAGAGGUGUUGAAUGUAAGAAUGUAAAUCAGUAUAUUUUCAUGUUGAUUGUGGUUUAUAAAGGACAAAGAUAGGACUAAGGUAUUUUGGCAGUGAUUAUUUUGUGGAGUUUAUUGAUAUUUAAUAAAAUGACUGUUUUAUAAUAAUGUUGCCUGUGAUCUCAAGUUAUUGCUGUAGAUUUAAAAAUAUGGAAUAAAAGAUAAACUGCGCUGAAAGUUAAAAGACUUUUAUUUUGAAAACUGCAACCUGGCUUUUAUUUUGAGAAGCCAUCGCGCUUUCAGACUUAUUUUGAAAAGCAUCCAUGUCAUGGCAUUUCCCCUGCACGUCCUGGUAAACACCUCUGUCAUGAUCUUGUAGUAUCAAGAGAGAGAGGUUAAAAUGACUAAUCCACUGAGAGGAGAGGUGAUCAGAUUGUACAAAAAUCUUUUGUAUCUUGGACGGGAAUAUCCAAAAGGCACUGCUUACUUCAGGGAGCGUCUGAAAGCCGCUUUCAUGAAGAACAAAGAUGUCACAGAUCCUGAGAAAAUCCAAAAGCUGAUUGACCGUGGAGAUUUUGUGAUCAAAGAACUCGAGGCGCUUUACUUCCUCAGGAAAUACAGAGCAAUGAAGAAACGCUAUUACGAACCAGAGCAUUAAUCAACAAUGUUUUCUGUCACAAGUGCCAGACUAUAUAUAUGUCUCAGAAGUUUUUGAAUAUCUGUAUCUGAUGUGUUGCACUAUAACUGAUUUGGACAUAAACGUUUAUUUUUACUACUA